UGAAUGACAAAAGAAAACAGAAAGGAGAACUGAAAUUGGGAAAUUCCUGUGAACUAGAAAGAUGCCUUAUAAAUAGGCCCUUACUCCUGGAGAGGAGGCACUUGCACUGCCAACCCCGAAGCCUUUGCCUUGGACAGCACUGCUCCUCUCGCCAUCAUGACCAGCAGGUGCCCGCUCCGGCUCACCAUCCUGCUGUGCCUCGCCGGCGCCGCCCUGUCCGUGAACUACGGCGUGCUCCGGUUCCAGUUGCAAAGCAGCACCUCGGCCUGCAGGGAGCUCCUGCGGCAGCUGAUCAGAAGCCCCCAGUAUUGUCUGGCUGACACGAGGGACUUCCAGAUCCCCGAGGAGGUGAAACAGCCACGCCAGGUCCAGAAGGAGGAAGCCAUGGUGGUCAUGCACGAGAUGCUCCAGCAAAUCUUCAGCCUCUUCUGCAGAAACUUCUCCAGCCCCGGCUGGAAUGAGACCGUCAUGGAGAACCUUCUGGAGGAGCUCCACUGGCAGAUGGACCGCCUGGAGGAAGCCAUGCAGCAGGGAGAGUUCCCCUGGGAGAGCAGGACCGUGCACCGCCUGAAGACCUAUUACUUAGGCAUCAUCCGCUACCUGAAGGCCAAGUCCUACAGCAGGUGCGCCUGGACAGUCGUCCAAGUGGCAAUCCUCAAGAACUUCUCCUUCCUCAAUGGACUCAUCGAUGCCCUCCGGGACUGA